UCCCCGAUCCUCUGAAACCGAAACUAAACCGGGGCCGGGCCGGGGGGCCGUGCCGUCACCGCGGCGCGCAGGCGCCUGGGGCCCGCGGCCGCAGCCGGGCGCAGACAAAGGACGCCUGGCGCCGGGCGUGGUGUGACGUCACCGGCCCGGGGGCCGGGGGCCGCGCUCCUGAAAGCGCUGGCGGAAGGGUCGGGCCCGGCCCGGGGCGGCCGCGGCGGCCCCGAGGUUGAGGCGGGGCGGUCCCCGCGGGAGCCGCGGCGGAGGCGGCGGGGCCGCAGAGCGAAGACAGUCCUAGUCCCAAGCGACAACGCCUUUCCCAUUCUGUCUUUGACUAUACAACAGCAUCACCAGCCCCAUCACCACCAAUGCGACCAUGGGAGAUGACAUCAAAUAGGCAGCCUCCUUUGGCUCGACCCAACCAACACCACUUCUCAGGGGAACGAUGCAACACACCUGCACGAAACAGGAGGAGUCCUCCUGUUCGACGUCAGAGAACAAGGAGAGAUCGUUUGUCUAGACAUAAUUCCAUAAGCCAGGAUGAAAACUAUCACCAUCUCUCCUAUGGACAGCAGCAAGCAAUAGAAGAGCCUCGAGCCUUUCGCCCACCGAAUGUAUCUCCUCGUAUGUUGCACCCAGCUGCUCACCCACCACAGCAGAAUGCAGUGAUGGUUGACAUUCAUGAUCAGAUCCAUCAGGGUGCAGUUCCUGUUUCAUACACAGUAACAACUGUAGCUCCACAUGGGAUACCACUUUGCACAGGCCAGCACAUUCCAGCCUGCAGCACUCAGCAGGUCCCAGGGUGCUCAGUGGUUUUCAGUGGCCAGCACCUUCCAGUUUGCAGUGUGCCUCCCCCAAUGCUUCAGGCGUGCUCAGUUCAGCAUCUACCUGUACCAUAUGCAGCAUUUCCACCCCUCAUCUCUAGUGACCCAUUCCUUUUGCAUCCUCCUCAUAUCUCUACACACCACCCUCCUCACUUACCUCCUCCAGGACAAUUUGUUCCUUUCCAAGCACAACAGUCACGGUCGCCACUUCAAAGGAUAGAAAAUGAUGUAGAAUUGCUUGGAGAUCAUCUUCCUGUAGGAGGUUUUACAUACCCUCCCUCAGCCCAUCCACCACCGUUGCCUCCCUCAGCUCCUCUUCAAUUCUUAGCCCAUGAUCCAUUACACCAGGAGGUGUCAUUUGGAGUACCUUACCCACCUUUUAUGCCUCGAAGACUCACAGGGCGCAGCAGAUACCGAUCACAGCAGCCAAUACCACCACAUCCUUACCAUCCCAGCCUAUUACCUUAUGUGCUAUCAAUGCUCCCAGUGCCACCGGCAGUUGGACCAGCUUUCAGCUUUGAGUUGGAUGUGGAAGAUGGAGAGGUAGAAAACUAUGAGGCACUGCUGAAUUUGGCAGAACGUCUGGGAGAAGCCAAACCACGGGGAUUAACAAAAGCAGAUAUUGAGCAGCUUCCAUCCUACAGGUUCAAUCCAAACAAUCACCAGUCAGAGCAGACAUUAUGUGUGGUGUGCAUGUGUGAUUUUGAGUCAAGGCAGCUACUUAGAGUCUUACCCUGUAACCAUGAGUUCCACGCCAAGUGUGUUGAUAAAUGGCUAAAGGCAAAUCGUACCUGCCCGAUUUGUAGAGCUGAUGCUUCAGAAGUGCAUCGUGAUUCAGAAUGACCGAUCUAAGAGCACAAAUCUGGUUUCGGUGUUUCUGGUCACAUGUAUAUAUGAACUCUCUAUUGAACUUACCUACCCAUGUGGCUUCCAGCCUGCCCUUUACACAAAAGGGUCAAUGGACCUUACUUGCACUGUGUGACUUAAUCAAUUAUAAAGCUUAUAACUAGUCUUCACAGUUACGGGAUUGUUAUACUAACAAGUGUGAUUGGAACUCCAAAGAUUUUUUUUUAGCUUAAUUUUAUGUGUGCACUAACAUUCCCUGGGUUUUGUGUGAUCAUUCCAAGUAUUGCUGCGAGAUUACUGUGGAUGUGAUCUUUUAGCAUGUGCUUUUAUAUAAAAGAAAAAGAAAAAAAAAGUGGUAGCUCCAAACAAUAUAGCAAUCUACCUUAUAUAGAGCCUUCAGAUACUGUGAGUGGGGAUGAACAGUGUGACUGUGUUUGCCUGAGAGAGGGUGAGUGAAGUGUGCUUGUGACUGGGUGUGCCUGCGUGUUUGAGAACCUAUAUACCAGCAUGUACUGAGAACGUAUGUGUGUAGUAAUAAUUAUGCUGCAAUGUAUAAUCUUGUGUGUUAUUUAAACAGUACUAGUACUGUACACUGGUUCCUUUCCUUGUGUUUGCAGUUGCACACUGAAUGUGAUGGGUGCAGCAAUUACAGACAUUUAGUAUUUUGUCCCCAACGUACUUACAGGUGUAAAGACCUUUCUACCUACUACUAUUCAAACACCUGUUACGCUUCCCCUUCACUGGAGGCUUUAAGUGUGUACCACUAAAGAAUGCAUUGAUUCUUCAUACAUGAGUAACUUUGGGGGUUUUAUCAUAUGUUACAAAGUCUGGAUUUUUUAAUGGCUGAUUUACAAGUUAUUUUAUCAAUGUAGAGUCACAAUAUCGCAUUUAGCAAUAUUGUUUUCAAUUGCUGAAAUAUAUCAAUGUUUUUCUGUUUUCCUUUUAAAUUUUUCUAGCUGGGUUUACCAGUUAUGUGUUUCUUUCAUGAAAGGAAGCAGGAAAUACACUGAGGGUGUCCUGGUCUUGAGGAACAGCUCUUAACUUUUGCCCCUUGUACUUGCUAAGGACAUCGUUCUCUAGCUUACAAACAUUGGCUUUAAUGACAUUCAUUCUUUGUCAUCUGCAAGGAAGUUGGUAUGUAACUAAAAUAACUUGUAAAAGGUUACAAUUUUAUUCCUGCGACUUCAUGAAUAAAAUACAUUUUUUAGUGUUUUCUCAGAGAAGUAGAAUUUCAUAUUUCUUUCACCCUAUCACAAGAGGAGGUAGGUUUUGGUCAAAAUCUGCAGAAUUCAGUUGCCCUGAUGCUGCUUCUUUCCCUUCCCUAUUUCAUGAUGAGUGUAAUAGGAAGAAGGAACUCCUAGGUUUUUGCAAUCAAGUUUCCAGAGUGCUCCACUAGAGGAGAAAUAUGGAAUACUUUCCAGAACAGUGCUGUGAAAAAAGAGGGGAUAAUGUCUAUUCAAGUGCUCUGAAUAAUAUUUUUUUGGGCCAUUGAAAAAAAAAUUAGCUUUUUUAUAACAUUCACACUGGUAACAUCUCUGAUGUAUUCUAGCAAAAUAUUUAGGUCUGCAUAUACCACAGUUGUUAAAAGGAUGCACUUUUUGCAAAGAAACUCUUCUCAUAAAUUCAGUCUCAUUUCUUCGGUUGCAGCAGCAGCACAAGUGGCACAAUUACUAGUAUUGCUACAACUUGCUGCCAGUCUCAGCUUUAAGUUUAUUCUUUAUAAUUUCUGAUGCUUUGGUAUGCUGCUAUGCUUUAGUAUCAGUUAAAAUUUCAAACAGUGUUAGAUGUUCUCCAUGCUCGUUUUCCUCUUUGAAGAUUUUACAGACCAGUCACAGCUCUUGGUGCAGCUAAAUAAAAGCACAAUUUUGCCCCAUUUCAUAUGUUUUUCCUUCUGUUUAGUUAUGCAGGUAGUUCUCAAAAACAGUGACGCUUUCUCUACAUGUCCUUACUUAGGAACACUAAAUAAGUAAAAAUGCUGUUACUUCCACUUCAAAAUACUAGAAUUUCUUUUUCCUCUCUUCCAGUGGAGUUAAAGAACAGGCUUUUCACAAUAGCACCUAGCAGGUUAAAUUACAUGUAAUAAAAUUUAUUUUUUUAACAAAUAAAAUCAUGUUUAAAAAGCAUAUGCCACGUAUGUCUUACAAAACUUAGCCUCUUUUAUAAAACUGCAAAAUAAAAAUAAUCCAUGUACAGAUUUAAACAUGACUAACAUUUCUGUGUUUAGUAUUCAGUUCAAAGCAUGGAAAGAGGGUACUUUUUCUAAAUUUGAUACAAGUAGACAAGACACAUACUUCUGAAGCUGAGGGAAAGUAGUUCUCUUUCUGGAACUGGAGAAAUGUCCCUUUUCCCCCACUAAAAUCCAGUGAGACAGUGGGAGAUCUAGGAGAUGGAGGGUCUAAGUUGGUAAAAUCCUGCAAUUAAUUGUUGCACUCUUAUGGCUCAUCUCUUCUGGAAUGAUUCUUUGGUUUGCUUGGAUGAAUGGGGACUUGUUUCCUGUGGUAGUGUGUACAAAGAGCACACAUGCUUAUGUUUUGAAUCAGCUCAGACAGGCUACAACCACAUCUUCUGUGGUGGCUGUCAAGGGCAGGGGAUUUAUGUUCAGCUCUUAACUGCCAUGUAUUAUGCACAGCUGCCGUGGUGCCUGACAGCACCUGAAUUCAGCAACACUUUUUUUAUCUUCAUUGCCUUUCUGCCAUCCAAUGACUCUUUUUUCUCCAAAAAAAACAAGAAUAUCUAACCUCCAAUAUGUUUGCUUUAUCAUAUUGGCACUGCUGUGUUUUUUUGCAUAAACUGUCAAUUUUAUUUGACAUUUUGAUGGAUAUCAAGGCCUACAGAUAAUUCCAGUGUCUCAUUUUUUGGCUUUCUUUAGAAGAAGUAGGGCCGUGUGUUGUAUGUCAUUUUGUAGAGGCUCUGGAAUGUGACUUCACAGCUCUUAAUACAAUGCAUAAUACUUGGGAUGAGAUAUAUCAACUGUUUUAAUUUCAAUUGUAGAAAACAGUUUCAACUGAGUUAUCUUUGGGCCUUUGUAAAAGCUGUGUUUUUUUCCUUUGGUACAUUGUUACCUCAUUUUGCUACUUGUGUUUCAGACUUGCUAGUUUUUAUGAAAUCUUAUGGUUUUUGUUGGAAUCAUAUUUUGUUAAGUGUUUUCUUUAAAUCAUAUGCUAUUGUAUCAUUUAACAUGUAGUUUUAAAUGUAUUAUAAAUAUCUGUAACCAAAUCAUUUGAAGGCUUGAUAAAUUUUUAACAAAAUUUGUACAUUUUUUAUGAGAGUUACUAGUAAUGCUUUACUAGGUAGUGCAAUGAAUUUUUAUUUUUAAUCCCUGUGCCCAAUUUUGGAGUUGAGAGAGUUGUU